AUGAUGUUACGCACAAAUGGAGACUUUCUUGUACGAACUACCGAGCCCGUAGCAGGCAAACCACGAGCACUUGUUUUAUCCGUUAUGGUCAGGCAUAAACUUGAAGAUCAAGGAAUUAAACACUUCGUCAUAACAGUUCUCCUAACUGGUAAAGUUAUGGUUGAGAAAUACGCAUUCGAAUCCGUCAGAGCCAUGAUUGAAUACCAUCUUAGUAAAAAGGAUUCUACAACGAAGUCUCAAGAGGUGAUCCUACGCAACCCGAUUGUUCGUCAAAGUUGGGAGCUAUCUCACAGCGAUGUGGAACUAACGACGGAACUGGGAGAAGGUGCUGUUGGUGAAGUGCACGCGAGGAAAUUAAAAUUGAGGAAUGGAUUUAAGGUUCCAGUUGCUGUGAAACUUGCGAAACUGGAAAUGCUAACAAAGGAACAAAUUAAAGAAAUCAUGCAUGAAGCACGCCUUAUGAGGAAUCUCGAUCAUCCGAAUGUAGUUAAAUUCUAUGGCGUCGCUGCAGGACAAGAACCUCUUAUGGUGAUUAUGGAACUGGUAAAAAUCUCGGACUUUGGUCUUACCCGAGUAGGAACUGUGUACCAGAUGGAUCCCCAUAAAAGAGUUCCGAUUAGGUGGCCUGCUCCAGAAACAUUAAGGAUGGCUAUUUAUACACAGAAGACAGACGUGUUCAGCUACGGUAUAAUGUGCUGGAAGAUAUACAACAAUGGGAUAGAACCAUAUCUAGGAAUGACAGUGGCAGAAGUUUAUCAAAAUGUAGGACCUUGCUAA